GGCAGCGCUCCUCGAGAAGAAGGAAGGCCUUGGUGCCAGAGCGGGCGCGGGAGCUGUGGGCCUGAAAACAGUCUCUCUAGAGCAUCUCCAGGUGCCCUCAGAAAUGUCUUCCUUAAGUGGCCGAGUCCAGACUGUUUUGGGACCACUGGAGCCAAGCAAACUGGGCCGCACGCUGACCCACGAACAUUUGACCAUGACCUUUGACUGCUGUUACUACCCGCCGCCUCCGUCUCUCGAAGCCGCCUCGAAGGAACCUAUUAGGAUGAAAAAUUUGUUUUGGAUCCGGAAAAACCCUUAUUCCCAUAAGGAGAAUCUGCAGCUGAAUCAGGAGACAGAAGCCAUCAAGGAAGAACUGUUGUAUUUUAAAGCCAGUGGCGGAGGGGCUUUGGUGGAGAACACGACCACCGGGAUCAGCCGGGACGUGCAGACCCUGAAGCGGCUGGCGGAGGAGACCGGCGUCCACAUCAUAGCGGGCGCCGGCUUCUAUGUGGACGCAACUCACCCUCCGGAGACCAGAGCCAUGUCCGUGGAGCAGCUUACUGAUGUCCUCACUAAUGAAAUUCUCCAUGGAGCUGACAGAACCAGUAUCAAGUGUGGCGUUAUUGGAGAAAUUGGUUGCUCCUGGCCUCUGACCGAGAGUGAGAGAAAGGUUCUUCAGGCAACAGCUCAUGCCCAGGCUCAGCUUGGCUGUCCUGUUAUCAUUCAUCCUGGAAAGAAUCCAAGUGCACCCUUCCAGAUUAUCCGAAUAUUGCAAGAAGCAGGUGCGGACAUCUCCAAAACAGUUAUGUCACACCUUGAUAGGACAAUACUGGAUAAGAAGAAACUACUGGAAUUUGCUAAACUUGGCUGUUAUUUGGAAUAUGAUCUUUUUGGUAAUGAUCUCCUUCAUUACCAGUUGAACCCAGAUAUUGACAUGCCCGAUGACAAUAAAAGAAUUAGAAGGGUACGUCUCCUGGUGGAUGAGGGCUACGAAGACCGAGUUCUGAUGGCCCAGGACAUACACACAAAGCACCGGCUGAUGAAAUACGGAGGUCACGGCUACUCUCACAUACUCACCAACGUUGUUCCCAAAAUGUUGCUUAGAGGUAUAACUGAAAAUGCAAUUGAUAAGAUACUAAUAGAGAACCCUCAGCGGUGGCUAACUUUCAAAUAGGAUGGUUAUAAAGUCACACCUUGAAUAUACAGCUUACAGAGGGUAUUCAGUGAUUUCAACCACUGUGAGAUAUUAAUUAAUCAGAGCGACACAGGACUAAUGAUGGACCAUUUCCUUUCUAUGAGACUUAGACGCACGUUGUCUUCUCAGAAGCUGGGCUCUUACAUCUGCACCUUUAGGGAGUCACUGAGCCUCACUAAACCCUAUUGCUUUGCCUUUAACAAAAUAAACACAGAAGGUGCCUACUUCCAAACAAUGAUUUACAGUCGGAAUCCCUUUAGUGAAGUUUUGUUUUGUUUUCUUAAUCUAUCAGCUGCCCUACUUGAAAAUUUAAAGCGUUUUUAGUGACAUUACCCCCUUCUGGAGCAAUCCAAUGUUUCUUGUAAUAUUGAUGAUCCUACUAAUUAUCCGGCUGUUCUUUAAUUAAUGCUUAAUGAAUAAUAUGGCACUUUAAAAUAGCUUCUUGAGCAAGGGAAGUAAAGUUGAGAUUUUUUUUUCCAAUAGAUACUGUAAGACAAUUACCAAUUUACAAUGGUAAAAUAUUACAUGCUGUCCACCUAUCUAUAUAUGGAAUUAUAAUAAAUCAUUGUGUUACCAGUGGCUUUCUGGCAUCCAUUUUUACUAUAAAUUUUGUUGUGCUUUGAAAAAUAUGUCUAAAGGGGCAUGAACACAUAACACUGAAUUAUAAAAAUUCAAUCAUAAAAGCCAAAAUA